GCCACGCGACACAGCCGGACUACGCGUUCACUUGUAAACAAUUCGAACGGUUCACGGUUUUCGUUGACCAACGCUCCCCCGAUUUUGGUUUGUGGGUGGUGGUGCCUUCUCGACGGCGGUUCUGAUUGACGGUUGGCGAACUUGGUGAACGGUGGUGGUUUUAUUUAUUUCGAGUGGUGACUGUUUCGAUUGGUUUUGGUGAUUAUGGCCUACUACGGCACAUAAGACAUUGUGGUGGUUCCACCAUCUUGACCGACGGACGAGCGAGUUUUCGGCAGCAGUUUUUGCUUAUUUUGGUGACGUGACGGCCCAGCAAUGAAUCGGUCAGCGGUUUGCGUGCUGGGGCUCGUCCUUAUACUCGUCCUGUCCGCCGCCUCCGGUGACUACCUAUCGUUCUCGUCCACCCUAAGAUGUCCCAGGGGCUGCAGCUGCACCAUGACCACCGUCGACUGUUCCCAUCGCGGGUUCACGCAGGUUCCGAAGAACAUUCCCAUGGACAUCGAAAGACUGGACCUUCAGAGGAAUAACAUUACCACGAUCAACGAGCUAGACUUUCAGAACUUGGGAAAAUUACGUAUUUUGCAACUGACUGAUAAUAAUAUCCACACCAUAGAAAAAGAAGCUUUCCGGGACCUGGUUAAGCUUGAGAGAAUACGCCUCAAUGGAAACAGUAUACGGCAUAUUCCUGAUAAUUUGUUUUACUCGAUGCCGAACUUGUUUCGUUUGGAUCUCAGUCGAAAUCAGAUAUCGGUUAUCGGCAAAAAGACCUUCAGAGGACUUCAGUCAAUUAAAAAUUUGCAACUGGACAACAAUCAGAUAACUUGCAUUGAUGACCAAGCUCUGCGGGGUUUAAAGGAUUUAGAAAUUGUUAUGCUGAAUAAUAACAACUUAACAUGGCUCAGCAAGGAUAUGUUCAGCAACAUGUUCAGGUUGAGGACUUUAAGGCUGAACGACAAUCCCUUCCAUUGUGAUUGUCAGCUUUCUUGGCUCGCCAGAUAUUUGCGGCAUUCUCAAAGACUUGCUCAAUUCACCAAAUGCUAUUCACCAAGUCACCUCAAGGGACAAAACAUCAUUGAUUUACAGGACCAGGAUUUUAAAUGUUCAGGUCUUGCAGAGCAUUCAAUCAGUGGAGAAUGUGUGACAGAGCCUCCUUGCCCAAGCCAAUGCAAAUGCGCCGACGGCGUUGUGGAUUGCCGCGAAAAAGGGCUAACAAAAGUACCGGAGCACUUACCUGACGGUACUGUUGAAUUACGACUGGAACAAAAUGAAAUUUUGGAAAUUCCACCUAAAGCAUUCGCUAAUAACAAAAGGCUGCGGAGAAUUGACUUGAGUAACAACAAAAUAUCGAAAAUUUCAUCAGAUGCGUUCAUCGGAUUAAAAGCUCUCACGUCAUUGGUUUUAUACGGUAACAAAAUAAAGGACUUGCCAGCUGGAGUUUUUCAUGAUCUAACAGCCCUUCAACUCCUACUGCUAAACGCUAACGAAAUUUCCUGCAUUCGAAAGGACACCUUCAAAAACCUUAACAAUUUAAGCUUAUUGUCGCUAUACGAUAACAACAUCCAAUCAUUGGCAAAUGGUAGUUUCGAUUCCCUCCAAAGCAUCCAAACACUCCAUUUAGCUAGAAAUCCGUUUAUAUGCGACUGCAAUCUGAAAUGGUUGGCCGAAUACCUUCAUAAAAAUCCCAUCGAAACCUCCGGAGCAAGAUGCGACACUCCAAAACGUAUGCAAAAGAGACGGUUAGAGGCAUUGAAAGAUGAGAAAUUCAAAUGUAAGGGUCAAGAAGAAUUCAGAACUAGGUAUGCAGGAGAUUGUCUAAUUGAUAAUGCCUGUCCAUCUGGGUGUUCUUGUGAUGGUACUAUUGUGGAUUGCUCAGGAAGAGGCUUGAAAGAAAUUCCAAGGGAUAUUCCUUUGUACACGACUGAAUUAUUAUUGCAUGACAACGAAUUGGGUCGAAUCAAAUCAGAUGGUUUAUUUGGUAGAUUACCCAAUUUGAUAAAACUCGAUAUGAGAAGAAAUCAAAUUACUGGAAUUGAAGAAAACUCGUUUGAAGGCGCUACACAAAUUGUAGAACUGCUCUUAUCUGAGAAUAAACUUUAUGAAAUCCAUAAUAAAAUGUUCCUUGGGCUCCACAAUUUAAAAUCCUUGUCACUUAACAACAAUGCUAUAACUUGUGUCAUGCCUGGUUCGUUUGAUCACCUCACUUCCUUACAAACAUUGAAUCUCAUUCAUAAUUCUUUUAUGUGUAACUGUCACCUGGCUUGGUUCUCUGAUUGGUUAAAGAAUAAGGGCUUAAGUGGAUCCUCGCCAAAAUGCUUUGGACCAGCUAGAGUAAAAGAUGUGCUCAUUCGAGAAUUGCCCAAAAAUGAAUUCAAAUGUCUUAAUGAUAAUGAUCAAGGAUGUCUUGGAGAAAACUAUUGUCCACCCAUGUGCUCAUGUACCGGAACAGUAGUAAGAUGCUCCAGAGCAAACUUGACUGAAAUUCCUAGAGGAAUACCACCAGAAACAUCUGAGUUGUAUUUGGACUUUAACGACAUCGACCGUAUCCAAGCCGAUAGAAUAAGUCAUCUUAAGUCAUUAACAAGAUUGGAUUUGAGUAAUAAUCACAUUGGAAUGCUGUCGAAUAGUACCUUCUCAACAUUGACAAAAUUGAGUACUCUUAUCAUUAGUUACAACAGAUUGCAGUGUAUUCAGGUUGAAUCUCUGUCAGGAUUAAAUGCUUUAAGAAUAUUAUCUCUACAUGGAAACCAAAUUUCUAUGAUACCAGAGGGUACUUUUGCUAGUUUAAAAUCAAUAAGUCACAUUGCAUUGGGUGCUAAUCCUUUGUACUGCGAUUGCUCACUGAGAUGGUUAUCUGAUUGGGUCAAAAUAGAUUAUGUAGAACCCGGUAUUGCUCAUUGUGCAGAACCCGCAAGUAUGAAGGAUAAGUCUAUUUUGUCUACCCCAUCAAACGCCUUCCAAUGCAAAGAAAAAGUAAGCAACGAAAUACUUGCGAAAUGUGAUGCUUGCUACAAAGUCCCUUGCAAAAAUGGAGGACAGUGUGUAUCUCUGGCAGAAAGAGAUUACAUGUGUAAAUGUGCGCCAGGUUAUCACGGUAAAAAUUGCGAAUUUAUGAUCGACGCUUGUUACGGCAACCCAUGUAGAAACCAAGGUGCUUGCAAAGUAUUGGAAGAAGGCAGAUUUAGUUGUGAAUGUCAAGCAGGAUUCACCGGUUUAAGAUGCGAAACAAAUAUCGAUGAUUGUGAAAACAACAAGUGUCAGAACAACGCAACUUGCGUUGACUUAAUUGAUUCAUAUCAGUGCAAAUGUCCGGCGGGAUACAUGGGGCAAUUUUGCGAAACAAAAAUUCCCUUUUGUACAGAACAGUAUAAUCCAUGCAAAAACGACGCUACAUGUGUGGAUCACGAUACUUAUUACACUUGUGAAUGCCUUCAAGGCUUUAAGGGCGAGAAUUGUUCAAUAAAUAUUGACGACUGUGAAAACAACAUGUGCCAGAAUGGCGCUACGUGCGUGGAUGGAGUAAACGAUUACAAAUGCCAAUGCGCCGGUGAUUUCACCGGUAAAUUUUGUGAAAUAACACCUUCAGUGGCCAUGAUGUACCCCCAAACUUCGCCCUGUCAGCACCACGAUUGCGUCCACGGUGUGUGUUUCCAACCUUCUGGCUCUAAUGAUUAUCUGUGCAAAUGUGCUCCUGGUUAUUCUGGAAAGAGAUGCGAAUAUUUAACGAGUGUCAGCUUUAUUCAUAACACCUCGUAUGUGGAAUUGGAACCGUUAAGGACGAAACCUGAAGCUAAUGUCACCAUAGUUUUUGCUACGACCCAAGAAAAUGGGGUUCUUAUGUAUGAUGGUCACCAGGAGCAUUUAGCAGUUGAGCUUUUCAACGGUAGAAUCAGAGUUAGUUAUGAUGUUGGAAAUUAUCCAGUGUCCACCAUGUACAGUUUUGAAAUGGUAGCUGAUGGACAAUAUCAUAUAGCCGAACUCAUUGCGAUUAAGAAGAACUUCACUUUGAGAGUAGACAGAGGAUUGGCUAGAUCUAUCAUCAACGAUGGAAGCAAAGAUUUCCUGCGAUUGAAUACACCCAUGUAUUUAGGAGGAAUACCUCCAGAACCUGGUCAACAAGCCUUCUCUCAAUGGCACCUCAGAAAUCUUACAAGCUUUCAUGGAUGCAUGAAAGAAGUGUGGAUCAACCACAAACAGGUGGACUUUGGAAAUGCGCAAACACAACAGAAGGUACAACCAGGAUGUGGCAUUGUAGAACAGGAUAAAGAUGAAGAUGAACAACAGGAAGACGAAAUGGACGGCAUGAUGAUCGGUGAACCAGCAAGUCCUCCUGACCCAUGCCUACGCAACCAUUGCAAGCAUGACAGCAAAUGUGUGCCAUCUCGCACCACCGAAUACAACUAUAUUUGCAAGUGCAAGCCAGGAUACAGGGGGAAGUACUGCGAGCAAGGUGAGGAAGAAUCUCCUACCUGUCGAAAAGAACAAGUGAGGGAGUAUUAUUCCGAAAAUGGAUGCCGAUCAAGGAAACCAUUAAAAAUGGCCAAAUGUGUUGGAGGAUGUGGAAGUUGCUGUCAAGCGAGAAAAAGUAAACGACGGAAGGUGAGAUUAAUAUGCACAGACGGAACUCGUUACACCAAGGACAUUGAUAUUGUGCGUAAAUGUGCUUGCACGAAGAAAUGCUACUGACUGGAAGACGCCGCUAAUCACAAUUCUAACAACACUGAGCCCAUCGCCGAAC